ACCAGUGACGGCGGCUCGGCUCAUAUUCAGUAGACUCGGCCAUUUCUCUCGCGAAGCGUAGUUAUUUGCUCGGUCGCGACAUUUUUUUUCGUAAAACCGUGCGGGUAUUCCCGUAAGCUUUGCAAAAUAACGCGACGCAAAAGGAUGAUACACUCCGGGCGCACCAGGCUCGAGAAAAAAGUAAGUCGCGUGGGCGUGGGAGGAGGGGGCCAGGUCGGGCAAGGGGUACAAGCGGUCGAAGAUUCCGGUGCAAGCGGUCAAUGGUGGAGGCAACAGCAUCCAUCGUAUCAUCAUCAUCAUCAUCACCAACAUCAUCACCAUUAUCAUCAUCAGGCCGGUUAUUAUACGUCGCAAUCGCUCUCUCACAACAACCCUGUCACGACCAUGAAGCAGUCUUAUAUGCAGCUAACGUGGGUGUUUCACGACGACGAGGCGCAGAUUAAUAAGAAACUGCCAAAAGAAUUACUGCUUAGAAUCUUCUCGUAUCUCGACGUGGUAUCACUAUGCCGGUGCGCGCAAGUAAGCAAAGCUUGGAACGUGUUGGCGCUCGACGGAUCCAAUUGGCAAAGAAUCGAUCUCUUCGAUUUCCAACGAGACGUGGAGGAAUCAGUUAUAGUAAAUAUAUCGAGACGAUGCGGUGGGUUUUUAAGGCAGCUCUCUCUCAGGGGAUGUCAGAGCAUUGGGAACAAUUCAAUGCUUACAUUGGCUGAGUCGUGUACUAACAUCGAGGAACUGAAUCUGAGCCAAUGUAAAAAGAUCUCGGACGCUACCUGCGCGGCCCUAAGCUCUUAUUGUCCGAAACUCCAACGACUGAACUUGGACUCGUGUCCCGAGAUAUCGGACAUCUCCAUGAAGAACCUCUCGAAAGGCUGUUCGCUUCUCACUCACAUUAAUCUGUCCUGGUGUGAGUUACUUACCGAUAACGGGGUGGAAGCACUGGUGAGAGGUUGCAGACAACUACGUAGCUUUCUAUGCAAAGGAUGCCGUCAGUUAACGGACAGAGGUGUCACAUGUUUGGCUCGUUAUUGCACCAAUUUGGAGGCGAUCAAUUUACACGAAUGCAGGAACAUAACAGACGAUGCGGUCAGAGAACUCAGCGAACAAUGUCCAAGAUUGCAUUACGUUUGCCUAUCGAAUUGUCCAAAUCUAACGGAUGCGUCUCUGGUCACGUUAGCGCAACAUUGUCCGCUCCUUAGCGUGCUCGAAUGUGUGGCUUGCACUCAUUUCACCGAUGCAGGCUUUCAAGCUCUUGCAAAAAAUUGCAGAUUAUUAGAAAAGAUGGACCUGGAAGAGUGCCUUUUAAUAACGGAUGCCACCCUCAUUCAUUUAUCUAUGGGAUGUCCAAGAUUGGAAAAAUUGAGUUUGUCUCACUGUGAACUGAUCACCGAUGAGGGCAUUCGACAAUUGGCCCUUUCGCCGUGCGCAGCCGAGCAUCUAGCGGUGUUGGAAUUGGACAAUUGUCCCCUUAUCACGGAUGCUAGCCUUGAUCACCUUCUACAGGCCUGCCAUAAUCUCGAGCGCAUCGAACUAUACGAUUGUCAACUAAUCACCAGAGCUGGCAUACGUAGACUCAGAACACAUUUGCCGAACAUUAAAGUUCAUGCGUACUUCGCACCAGUGACACCACCUCCAAGCGCGGGGGCAUCUCGGCAGCGAUACUGCCGAUGCUGCGUCAUUCUGUGAUUCGCAUAAAAAUGACUCUGAUGCAAAUCGUCCGAUGUACCACACUACCGGUGGACUUUUAAUUUCGAUAGUCGCCGAUUCACGGCGAUCGUGGGACCUUCUCUCUUCCGGCUACCAGACCGAGACUCUGGUCGCCUGUCAUCAACAGUGAGAAUAAGCCUCGUCGUGAAUGGAAUCGCGAAACCUUCGAUAGAUAUACCAAUUCGACUCGCAACACACGCAACGAGUACAAAAGAACAGUACGUCAUCAUCUAUAUAUAUAUAUAUAUAUAUAUAUAUCUAUAUAUAUGUAUAUGUAUAUGUGUAUAUAUAUAUAUUUAUAUAUAUAUAAACACACACACACACACAAAACUACCAGCUGUUGCUGUAAUUGUUACUAAUGUGUCGCUGCUACUACCGCUCACUAACUGUUUCUAUCACCGGUGUCGCGGUCUACAGUGAUAUCGUUUUUAGAACUCUAUUCAUUUCUUUUAUAGUACGUGCUUUGCUAAUUAUCGUGGUCGUUUCGUCACGGAUGUAAGUGAUCGUUCAACGAAAAGGAAAGAAAUUUUAACGAGUUCCGAUCGUUUCAUUUCCGAUCACAUCGAUUUCUUAAAAAAAAAAGAAGAAAAAGAAAAAAAAACGAGGAAAAGAUACGGGACGACAAAUAUUAAGAUUAAUGAAAAUGGAUGAGGAAAAAGAUGACGAUGCGCGCGAUAAAUUGCGGGCAUUUCGUUCUUUUUUUAUUUUUUAUUAUUAUUACUUUUUUCUUUCUUUCUUUCUUUUUCAUCUUACAAGCGACACGGUCCGCUCGUAUGCGGGCUAAAACACGAUCGUACGUAUCGAUCGCGAGCCUGAAAUUUUUCGCGGUUGGAUGUUCCACGUGAAACAAACCGAUAGGCACAUAUACAUACGUAUAUGUAUGUAUUAUAUAUAUACAUAUAUACAUAUAUUUUUUUAGUACGACGCAUUCUCUCUUCUGCUAAAUGUAAACGUUAAUCGUCAAAGAAAAGAAAAGAAAAGAAAAGAAAAAAAAAAAAAAAAAAAACGCGCAAUCCGUUCCGGAUGGUAAAUCGCAAACAACAUGCGUCCAGUGAUCAAUACUUUUCUCGAAUUCAGAAAGGAUUAAUAAUUAAAAGAAAAAAAAGAAAGAAAGGAAACCGUCGUCGCGUUGAACGUGUUUCAAGCUACGUAUAAAGGUCGUGCUAUUAUUCUAGGCAUUCAAUUUCUAUCGUGUGUGUGUGUAUAUGUGCGCGCGCUCGCGUGUGUGCGCGCGCACGUGUGUGUAUGUGUGCUGUGCGUGCUUGCGUGCAUGCGUGCGUGUGUGUGUUUCUGUAGCAGUUUCUCAAACGAACACUGCCUAUUAUAAUGUUAUUGAUAGAAGAAAAAAAAGAAAAAAAAGAAUUCUCGAUGGAGAGAAAAUGUGGUUGGAAAAAAAAAAAAAGAAAAGAAAAGAAAAAGAAAAAAUAGUAUAAGUAAAAAAAAAAAAAAAGAAUUGAAAAAAAGGAGAGAGACAGAAAGAAAAGGGAAGAAGGUAGAUAAGAGAGUCGUAGAGAUGAUUGCGGAUUUUUUUGAAUCUCAUCGCAAAAUCGUAGAACAAUUAUAUAACCCGAUCUUCAUUUCAAUACUAAUUGUUCGAUACUAAUUGUUCGUGAAAAAUGAACGAUACACGGGAAGAUUAAAAAACAGUUUUUCCUCUUCUCGUCUAUUAAAUCGAAUAUCACGAUCUCAGAUGCGCGAUUGAUCAAACCGCGAUACCUGUAAAAUUAUUUUUCUUUUUUAUGCGAGACGCGCGUAUACAUUGCGAGAAUAACGUAACGAGAACGGAAAUGAAAAAUAAUGAUAUAACGAAAAAUCCAACGCGGUUGUUGACUUCUCUUUUUUCUAGGAGAAAAGUCAAAAAAGAAAAGAUAAAAUAACGAAGAGAGUGAAAAGAAGAAAAAGAAGAAAAAGAAAGGAGAGAAAAAGAGACAAAAAUGAUAGUUCGUUGUAUUUGAAGCUCCCAUUUAAUUGAUGUUUGAUGAUGCAUUUUACGAGGACUCGCGAAUAUUGGUGGAUAGAUGGACAAUUGACUGUGUUCGCGGAUCACAUUUAUCGAGUCUCAAACUAUAUUAUAUUCUAUCUUCCAACGACCCAGACAUCCAUAUCAUACAUCUUUUUUUCUUUCUUCUUGUUUUUGUUUUAAUUAUUUUUUUUCUCUUUCUCUCAUAUUGUAAUUCGUCAUGGAUUAGGAGAGCACAGACUGAUAAAACAAUUUAAAACGUUGAAUACGUUAAAUAAUCGAUUUAUUUGGUCCCAGUGAUCGAUUUACUGGCCAAUUCUUACUUUUUAAGUCUAGGUUUAUGAUAUGGUGGCAAUACGAAAACCGUGAAGUGGUAUAUAAGUCUGUGGCUUACAUUGUAGAUGAGCCAAUACGAAGAAAUUUGUUUGUUCCUUGAUUUUUAGAGACUGCGGAUAUAUAUAAUAUAUACAAAAAAAAAAAAAAGAAAAGAAAGAAAGAAGUUAAUUUCGUAAAAUAAGGAAAAAAAAAAAGAAAAUCGUGAUACAUAAAAUGUAUCGUAAUCUGUCUGUUUCCAUUUGUAAAAAAAAAAAAAAAAAAAAAAAAGAAUUAAAAUUUGACACGAUGUUCAAUCGUUUGGAAGUCUGGAUCCCAGGAUGACAAAGCGUAUAUAUGUAUUAAAAAUCAAUUCCUAUCACUCGCAUAUAUAAGAAGAAACAAAGAGUUAGACAUUUUCAAGACAAAGUUCUUAUAUUCUUAUUCGAGUUUGGUAAUGGAUGUUUUAAACAAUAUCUAAAAACAUUGCGUUGAUGCGAGAACACCAUCCACCCGUAUUUUUUUUGCAAUAGCUGGGAAUAACCAACGAUGAAGAAAUUUUAUUGUGUCAUCUGGAAUAAUGUUCGAUGAUAGAAAUAAAAAACGUUUAUGAAAAAAAAAAAAAAAAAAGAAUAAUUAUGACGGUCCAUCCCGAAGUGCAAUAGAGUCCGCACGUACUCCGUUUCUCUCCUUCUCGUUAUUUUGAUGAAUUUCAAGGAACCAGCCAUGUAAUGUACGUAAUUCGCGUGUCGUUGCGUCGUGUAAAACAUAGAUUGUUAAUCCUUGCUAGGAUAUAAGAACCGUACAUCGCGUAUAUAUUUAAUAUAUAGCGUGUAAACAGAAUACCGGAAUGAAGGAACUAGAUAUAUAUAUAUACAUAUAUAUAUAUAUAAAUACAAAUACAAAUAUAUAAAAAAUAUAUAUAUAUAUUAACAAAAAAAAAGAAAAAAAGCAGUAAAAAAUAAAUACAUAGAUAUGAUAUGUUUUAUACGCUGCAUGUCAUCCUUAGAAGGAAGUAACGUGAUCGUUGUAAUGUGUCGUGUCAGAAAGUUGAGUCAUUUAUUUUUUUCUUUUUUUUUUUUCUUAUUUCUUUUUUUUUUUUUUUUUUUUUUUUUUUAGGGAUUAAACGAUGCAAAAAGGGAUCGGCAGAUGUUUCAGAACAGAUCUUAAUGUGAAAAAAAAAGACGUACAAAUUAUAUACGCCAUUGCAUCCAUCAUUCGUGAAACGAUUUCUGAUGUUUCGCGAGUAUCAUUAAAAAGAAAUCUUUUUAUUGUUUCACGAUAUGCUAUUCCUUGAAAAUCUUUCGAUUAACCAAAAUAACCGUGAUAAAAUAAAAUAUAUAAACGUAAUGUAUGACUGUCGGUUAACGCCUCGUUUGAUCAAGUUCGGUUCAAAUUAUAAAGUCAAUCUCAGUGCCUGACCCGCCACAAAAUUUGUGAAUUAUACAUGAAUUGCAUAGAGCCAAAAUUUCACAGUUAAUUACUGUGUGGCGGAGAAUAUAGAAGAUUUAAAAGAAAUAAUAAUAAAACGAAACAAAGACUCUCUGUAUAUGACAGCUGCUAAGAAUUUUUGAGAGUCUCUCUCUCUCUCUUUUUCUCUCUUUUUCUCUUCUCUCUCUUCUCUUUUCUUCUCUCUCUCUUUCUCUUUGGCUGAAACGAAACUUGUCGAGCGACCGACAGUCGUGCAUCCACGCAUAAUUAGUGAUAUUUAGCGAUGGACAUUCGAUAUUCUGCCAAUUGUAAAUCAAGAAAAAAGAAGAAUUUCCGAUUUUAAUCGAUAUCGAAGCGAUUCCAAAUUGAACUAAAAAAAUGAGAAACUUUUUGGAUACGGUCAAAAAUUUAAUAGCAGAAUUUUUUUCCGGAAUAUUUUGACGUUCUUUUAUAUCAUAUAUGAAUUUCGAUGCAUUUUUAUGAUAUUUUAUUUUAAGUUAUGAUGAGACUGUUAAGUUAUUCAUAGCUUUUAAUCCACUAGACAGCAUUUAAUUGCGAAUCGAAAUUGUUCAAUUAAUUCGGUUCAAUCGAAAGGAAAAAAAAAAAAAUAGACACAUGUCCAUCGCUGUUACACGAUUCUCGAUAUUCUUUGGAACUCGUUCAAAGUCGUUCGUGGCAAUAAAAAAAAGAGAAAAAAAAAAAAUAGGAAUGAGAAUUGACAAGAAUAAAACUAUCAAAAUGUAUAGUUUCCUAAUUUUGAUAAUCGCUUGUAAAAAUGUUAUUUUUCAUAAAUUCGUUGAUGAUCGAUGAUCAAAAUUCGUGACAUGGAUUCAUGAUCGCAAUUUAAUUUGAUGAUCGAUUAUUAUGAUCCAUAGCUUCGUAUAUCGGCGUAAUUAUUAGUAAAACAAAUUGUAUGUCGAAUAAUAGAAUCGAGUCCCGUUACGUCGAAAUAUAGACGCAAGAGCCUGUCGGAAAUCCCGUUGAUCGGGCGUUAGGAAAUCGUGACCAAUUUUCAAGAAUGGAAGAAUUCAUUUGCUGUUGAAACGAAGAAUUAUCGUGAUGACGAAUUGAAGAUUUGAAAAAGAGAAGCAAACUAGGAUUGUAAAAGAGAAAUGGAAAUCGAUCGCGGUGUCGUAGUCUAUUGGUAUAAUAACACACAAUGUAUGUCGCCGUAAAAAAGAGAUCGUGUCAUAACGACAAUUGAAAGGAGUAAAGUGAAAAAAAAAAAAAAAAAAAAAAAAA